AUGCAGGAGAAUAACUUCUUCUUCUCGGCUUUGCAGCCGGAGGCCGGCGUGAGCUCCCUGGCACUGCCCUCGGACCAGCAGCUGGGCAGGAAAAGCAAGGAGGCGCCCGACGCGGAGCUGCUGAAGAGCGCCCGGGUGCAGGAGCAGGUCCGCAUGAGGAUGCUGCAGAAGAGCGGCUCCAUCCCCAGGACAAACGGACCAGGGCUCGACUACGUCGAGGACAAAGGUGGCAGCUCUUCCCAGGACCAGUACAGGAACACCCUGCAGAAGUCCUUCAGCUCCAGAUCCCAGACCAAUGGCUUAGACGCCAAGGGCACUCUGUAUCAGCCACCAACCCAGAAUGGGUACAGCACCACCAAGUCCACCGGCUGGUCCUCCCGCUCAGCUGUGGACCUCCCACAUCACAAGAGGAUGGCUACCAUCAGCAACGGGGGUGUGCCCCAGGGCCCAGCCUACCGUAUGAGCUACACCCUCUCGCAGGCCGCCAGCACCUCCGCGCGGCCUAAUUCCUUCCACGAGCGGAACUACCAAGCCCGGCCAAACUUCGACACCAUGUCGUUGCGGUCACUGCGCCUGGCGGACGGGCCGGGCAACCCUGCGGGCAUGGAUGAUCGCUACAGCGUGAUCUCGGAGCAGGUAGGCCCGGGGGCCCACUACAAAGGCAGAAGCAAUGGCAACUUCACCAGAUCCUACACCUUUGAGAGGCAGAUGAGUGCUGGCUCUAACACUGGGAUGAAGGGGCCAGGCGACUGGAUGGACAGCGUGGAGGUGCCUCAGAACCGGACCAUCCGCGCGCCCGCCAUGCGCACCCUUCAGCGCUUCCAGAGCAACAACCGCUCCCGCCUGAGCACCGGCUCCUUCAGCAGCCUCUCGGCCUCCCAGCCGGGCGUGGGGAGCUCCUACGCGGGCAUGAUGGAGCGCAACGUCCGGGCCCCCUCUGUGCGCAGCCUGGCUGAGUCCAACCACCACCUGCAGGACCUGCGCGCCAUCGACAUGUACAACGGGCACAACACGCUGACAACCCAGCACUCCUACUCCGGCGGGUUUGACGACAUUGACCUGCCGUCAGCAGUGAAAUACCUGAUGGCCAGUGACCCCAACCUGCAGGUGCUGGGAGCCGCCUACAUCCAGCACAAGUGCUACAGUGACAAUGAUGCCAAGAAGCAGGCUCGCAGCCUCCAAGCCAUGCCCAAGCUGGUGAAGCUUUUCAACCACCCCAACCAGGAGCUGCAGCGCCACGCCACCGGCGCCAUGCGCAACCUCAUCUACGACAAUGCCGAGAACAAGCUGGCGCUGGUGGAGGAGAACGGCAUCUACGAGCUGAUGAGGACGCUGCGCGAGCAGGAUGACGAGCUGCGCAAGAACGUCACGGGGAUCCUGUGGAAUCUCUCCUCCAGCGACACCCUAAAGGACCGGCUGGCUCGGGACACCCUGGAGCCACUCACCGACUUGAUCCUGACCCCGCUCUCCGGCACGGGCAGCGCUGCCAUCAUCCAGCAGAACGCCUCGGAAGCGGAGAUCUUCUACAACUCCACAGGCCUCCUCAGGAACCUCAGCUCCGCCAGCCAGCAGACCCGGCAGAAGAUGCGUGAGUGCCACAGGCUGGUGGACUCCAUGAUCAAUUACAUCAACAGCUCUCUGGAGGUGGGGAAGUCAGAGGACAAGAGCGUGGAGAACGCCGUGUGCGUGCUGCGGAACCUCUCCUACCGUCUGUACGACGAGAUGCCCCCAUCCUCGCUGCAGCGGCUGGAGGGGCACCGGAGGGACGGCACCGCAGGGACGGGGGAGCUGGUGGGCUGCUUCAGCCCCCAAGGCAGGCGAGUGCGAGAGCACUACAUGAACACAGACAUGGUGACCUUCACGGAGGUCUCCAAGGACCCCAAGGGGAUGGAGUGGCUCUGGAACCCGCAGAUCGUGGGCAUUUACAACCGGCUGCUGCAGCGCUGCGAGCUGAACAAACACACCACGGAGGCGGCCUCAGGGGCACUGCAGAACAUCACUGCUGGAGACCGGAGGUGGGCUGGCGUGCUGAGCAGGGUGGCUUUGGAGCAGGAGCGGAUCCUGAACCCCGUGCUGGACCGAGUCCGCACGGCCGACCAUCACCAGCUGCGCUCCCUGACGGGGCUGAUCCGCAAUCUGUCUCGCAACGCGCGCAACAAGGACGAGAUGGCGACCAAGGUGGUGAGCCAUCUGAUUGAGAAGCUUCCAGGAGGCAUCGGCGACAAGGAGCCCCCGACCGACGUCAUCGUGAACAUCAUCGCUGUGCUGAACAACCUGGUGGUGGAGAGCCCCAUCGCCGCCCGCGACAUCGUCUACUUCGAUGGCCUCCGGAAGCUCUUCUACAUCAAGAAGAAAAGGGACAGCUCGGACAGCGAGAAGUCCUCCAGAGCUGCUUCCAGCCUGCUGGCCAACAUGUGGCAGUACACCAAGCUGCACCGGGACUACAAGAUGAAGGGCUACCGGAAGGAGGAUUUCCUAGCUCUGUAA